AUGAAUUUAAUGUGCUCCAAGUACACAGUGCAAAAACUUCAUGAAACAAAGGAAGAUAAUUUCAUUCAAAGUUGUACAUACUAUGUUUGUAUAUUUAUAAUUUGCGUAUUAUUGUUCAUUAUUGUUUUACCCUACAUUCAUGAACCAAAUAUCAAAAUAAUAUCUGUUGGUGAUGAAAAUAUUCAUAUGCAAGAAGCAGAGCUAAGCAAGGUAAUAUCCUGUUACUAUAAUACUCCGUCAGAAGAAGCUGACCAUCAGCUAUUGCCAGAUGGUAUCAACCCCCUACUGUGCACCCAUAUCAAUGUAGCUUUUGCUAAAAUUAUAAAUAAACAAAUAUAUCUCACAGAUUUUCAAAUCAAAACAAUAAAUGAGGUUUUACAACUGAAGAAAACGAAUAGUAAAUUAAAGGUUUUAGUGUCUGUUGGGGGAUCAGGUAAUAAUGAUGGAUUUUCUGAUAUGGUGGUUAAUCAUGCAGCAAGAAAAACAUUUAUUCGAUCUGUUAAGUAUUUAUUAAGAAAUCAUUCAUUAGAUGGAAUUGAUCUCGACUGGGAGUUUCCUGCUGUACAUCUUCAAGAAGCGGAACAGGGCAAAAGGGAGAGACAGCACUUCUCCCAAUUAUUAAGAGAAAUCAGAAUGGAAUUUAUAAGAGAGAGGAGAAAUUAUUUGUUGACUGUAGCAUUAGCAGCUCAGCAGAUAAUUGUUGACGUGUCAUAUGAUAUUGAUCAAAUUAAUAUGUAUGUUGACUUUGCAAAUGUUAUGACAUAUGACUUUCAUUAUUACACUAAGUUUACACCGUUCACCGGACUCAAUUCACCUUUGUUUGCUAGAAAUUCUGAACAUUUGUACCUAGCUACUUUAAAUGUGAACUACACAGUACAGAUGUUCUUGACUAAAGGAUUAAAUGAGAGCAAAAUUGUAAUUGGCAUACCUUCUUAUGGACACAGUUUCACUCUCGUCAAUAAAGAUAAUGCAGGUAUUGGUAGUCCUGCAUUGGGGUAUGGGAAUGUGGGUAGCAUAGGAUUUGUAAAUUAUCCAGACAUUUGUUGCUUCAUUAAAAAUAAUAGUGAUGUUAUUAUAGUAGAAGAGAAGAAUACAAAAGUGCCAUAUUUACACAAGGGUACAGAGUGGAUAUCGUAUGAAACACCUGAGAGUGUCGCCACCAAAGCUGAAUACAUCAGACAGUUAAAGCUGAGAGGUGCUAUGAUCUACUCCUUGAAUGCUGAUGAUUAUAGGGGUCGGUGUGGAGAAAGUUUAUACAAUGCCACAAACUUCCCACUUGUCUCAUCGAUCAAGAAUAUCCUUGAUACUUAA